GUCUCUGUGCUGCUGAGCUCGCCGGUCCUCUUCGCAUUCACUGCUCCGAGGACCAGCGCCUCCACCCGCUCCGCAACCGGCACCAUGCGCGAGAUCGUGCACAUCCAGGCAGGCCAGUGCGGCAACCAGAUCGGCGCCAAGUUUUGGGAGGUCAUCAGUGAUGAGCAUGGGAUCGACCCCACAGGCAGUUACCAUGGAGACAGUGACUUGCAGCUGGAAAGAAUCAACGUGUACUACAAUGAGGCUGCUGGUAACAAAUACGUACCUCGGGCCAUUCUGGUGGAUCUGGAGCCAGGCACCAUGGACUCCGUCAGGUCCGGGCCAUUUGGCCAGAUCUUCAGGCCAGACAACUUUGUGUUCGGCCAGAGUGGAGCCGGAAAUAACUGGGCAAAGGGCCACUACACAGAGGGAGCCGAGUUGGUAGACUCCGUCCUGGACGUGGUCAGGAAGGAGUCAGAAAGCUGUGACUGUCUCCAGGGCUUCCAGCUGACGCACUCGCUGGGGGGCGGCACCGGGUCCGGCAUGGGCACCCUGCUCAUCAGCAAGAUCCGGGAGGAGUAUCCAGACCGCAUCAUGAACACCUUCAGCGUCAUGCCCUCGCCCAAGGUGUCAGACACGGUAGUCGAGCCCUACAACGCCACUCUCUCCGUCCACCAGCUGGUGGAAAACACAGAUGAAACCUACUCCAUUGACAACGAGGCCCUGUAUGACAUCUGCUUCCGCACCCUGAAGCUGACCACCCCCACGUACGGGGACCUCAACCACCUGGUGUCGGCCACCAUGAGCGGGGUCACCACCUGCCUGCGCUUCCCGGGCCAGCUGAACGCAGACCUGCGCAAGCUGGCCGUGAACAUGGUGCCCUUCCCGCGCCUGCACUUCUUCAUGCCCGGCUUCGCGCCCCUGACCAGCCGGGGCAGCCAGCAGUACCGCGCCCUGACGGUGCCCGAGCUCACCCAGCAGAUGUUCGACUCCAAGAACAUGAUGGCCGCCUGCGACCCCCGCCACGGCCGCUACCUGACCGUGGCUGCCAUCUUCCGGGGCCGCAUGUCCAUGAAGGAGGUGGACGAGCAGAUGCUCAACGUGCAGAACAAGAACAGCAGCUACUUCGUCGAGUGGAUCCCCAACAACGUGAAGACGGCCGUGUGUGACAUCCCACCCCGCGGCCUCAAGAUGUCGGCCACCUUCAUCGGCAACAGCACGGCCAUCCAGGAGCUGUUCAAGCGCAUCUCGGAGCAGUUCACGGCCAUGUUCCGGCGCAAGGCCUUCCUGCACUGGUACACGGGCGAGGGCAUGGACGAGAUGGAGUUCACCGAGGCCGAGAGCAACAUGAAUGACCUGGUGUCCGAGUACCAGCAGUACCAGGACGCCACGGCUGAUGAACAGGGGGAGUUCGAGGAGGAGGAGGGCGAGGACGAGGCUUAAGAACCUGUCCAAUCAGUUGUGCAUCCUUAGUGAACUUCUGUUGUCCUCAGCAUGGUCUUUUUAUUUGUAUACUAUGGUGCUCAGUUUUGCCUCUGUUAUAAAUUCACACUGUUGAUGUAAUAAUGUGGAAUUCCUCUAAAGAUUACAGUAUUGUCUGUUAAGAUAUCUAUACUAAUAAAAAAGCAUGUGUA